UUUAACUCCUGCCUUCAUACGGUUAACUUACUGACGUUAACCGUUUACUGGUAAUCCAGUCGGCUCCAGGAAAACAGUUUCGGUGAAUUAUUUUUCGCGGUACCGUACACGAAGAGUGAGCAGCGCGAGCCCGGACCGCAGUGUGUGUGUGUCCGCCGUCAGUCAGUGACAUUGACUCAUCAGCAGUGUUGUGCUGCUGUGCACAAGUUAAUGUGUGUUCGCUGAGGUUCGGCUCCGGAGCGCUUUUCCCCGCAGUUUGUCCCCCCGCAAGCUUCUGCCACCAUGAGCGAAUACUUCAGCCUGGCGGACAGCGACGUUAUCGGCUUCGACCUGGACCACACGCUGUGUCGCUACCAUCUGAAGGAGACCUCCAGGCUGAUCUAUGAGAGCUUCGCCAGGUAUCUGGUGGAGCAUAAAGGCUAUGACAAGGACCUGCUGAACCUGACCCCUGCUACCUGGGAUUUCUGUUUUAAAGGACUUGUGGUGGAUCUGGAGGAUGGAAACCUUGUGAAGUUGGCUGAAGAUGGAACUGUCUUACGAGCGACACAUGGAACCAAUGACCUCAGCACAGAAGAGAUCAUCAGACAUUAUGGUCCGAAAAGGGAGUGGAAGCACUUUAACAGCCUCAAUACAUCCUUCACAAGAUCUGCAAAAUACUAUUUCUAUGACAACUACUUUGAUCUACCUGGGGCUCUCCUCUGCGGAAGAGUUGUGGACAUGUUGCGCAAGCGAGGAAAUGAGGUGAAUUCCGACUUUUGGAAAGACAUGGUUGCUGCCAUCGACCACAAUUACAACACAUCUGCAUUUAAAGAUGAUGCAGGGACAUACUUCCCCAGUGUGAAGAGGGACCCGGGCCGGUACCUGCAGCCCUGCUCCGACUCCGUCAAGACCUGGCUGCGCAGCAUGAAGAAUGCCGGGAAAAUCCUCCUCCUCAUCACCAGCUCCCAUAGCGACUACUGCAGGCUCAUCUGUGAACACAUCCUGGGGAAGGAUUUCGAAGAGCUGUUUGACGUCAUCAUCACAAACGCCCUGAAGCCCGGUUUCUUCUCCCUGGUGCCCCAGCAAAGGCCCUUUAGGACCCUUGUGAAUGACGUGGAGGAGAGCGAGGGGCUGCCGUCACUGGACAAACCCGGCUGGUACUCGCAGGGCAACUGGCCGCACCUCCACGAGCUUGUCAAGACCAUGACGGGCAAAGCGGAGCCCAAGGUAGUGUAUUUUGGAGACAGCAUGAGGUCGGACAUGUUCCCUGCCAGCAGCUUUGGGAAGUGGGAGACAGUGAUGAUCGUGGAGGAAAUGGAGGGGGAGGGUGUCCCGAAAAGUGAUGCAGCGAUGUCCAAUGAGGCCCAAGUGGAGCCGCUGGAGAAAAAGGGAAAGUUUGAGGAGCAGGGCAUGAAGUCACCCUCUGAUGUGUCCAAGCAGUGGGGCUCCUAUUUUGUCGACGUACAUAAAAGCGGAGGAGGCGACGAGGAGUGCCAGAAACUGACCUGGUGCUGCCACUGCAUUCACAAAUACAGCACCAUGGCCAUCCCUAGUGUUGAGCACAUAGCAGAUCUCCCUCUGGAUUACAAGUUCCCAAGGUUUUCUCCGGACAAGCCCUGCACCACGGGCUACUACCCCAGGCCCCCGGAUUCCUUGUUGAAGAGGUGCGAAAAUCUCUCGUAAAAAAAAUAAAAGGGAAAAAGUUUAAAAAAAAA